AAAGAGGGGAGGAAACAUAAGCGAGGAGGUUGUAAUAUCAAGAUUAAGAAUAGGACACAGCAAUUUACGCAGCACGCUUCAUCUUAUAGGUAAACAUCCAACCGGUCUUUGUGAAAUCUGUCAGGUACCAGAAACCUCAGAACACGUUAUCAUUAACUGCAAUAAAUAUAGGUCGGAAAGGAAGGAUAUGAUGGAGGAGAUGGGAAGAUUGGGGAUAACAGGAGCAGGAUUGAGGGAUGUACUGGAGUGUGGGGCUAGUUGGCAGGGGAGGAGAUGUUUUAUCAACUACCUUCGGGGAACGGGACUGUUAAUAAAAGUGUGACAGGCAAUAAGCUGUAGGAGUUAACUUACUCCGAAAGAUGGCAGUAAUGCAACUUUCAAGGACGCAAGCUGCCGGUAAACAACACCGAAGAAGCAUGUGGCAGACUACCAUUCGUAAGAGUUGAUAAUUAUAUAUUAGUUAUAUUUUUCCAGUUACUUAACACACAACAUUUGGAACAUCAUAAGAACGGACAAUUUAUAACGGCUGUUCCACGAAAAGCAGAAAAUGCAGCACGACGACGUUAUUUGGGAGAUAAUUGGAAACAAGCAGUUCUGCUCCUACAAAGUCAAGACAAAGAAUCAGAAUUUUUGUCGGAAUGAAUACAAUGUAACUGGGCUUUAUAACCGCUCGUCCUGUCCUCUGGCGAACAGUCAGUAUGCUACCAUCAGGGAGGAAAAAGGCCAAUGUUUUCUGUACAUGAAGGUAAUUGAAAGAGCAGCUUUUCCUGCCCGGAUGUGGGAGAAGGUGAAGCUGAGCAAGAACUAUGAGAAGGCGCUGGAGCAGAUCGAUGAGAACCUCAUCUACUGGCCUCGUUUCCUCAGACACAAGUGCAAACAGCGGUUCACCAAGAUCACACAGUACCUGAUACGCAUCCGCAAGCUCACCCUCAAGAGACAGAGAAAGCUAGUUCCGCUCAGCAAGAAGGUGGAAAAGAGAGAAAAGAGGAGAGAGGAAAAAGCCCUGAUCGCAGCCCAGCUGGAUAAUGCGAUCGAGAAAGAACUGCUGGAGAGACUGAAACAAGGAACGUAUGGAGACAUCUACAACUUUCCCGUCCACGCUUUUGACAAGGCCCUAGAACAGCAGGACGAAGAGAGCGAGACUGAUUCAUCAGAGGGCGAAGCGGAGGAAGAGGACGAUGAGGACAUGGACAAACUGAAAGGCAGCAGCGAUGAGGAAGGCGACUCCAGUGAAGAGGAGGAAUCCGAGGAGGAGAUGGAGGUGGAGCAGGAGAGGGAGGCGAAAGGGAAGGGGAAAGCUGCUGCUUCUUCUAAGUCCACGGGGAAGUCGAAAGGAGAGGCACCCCUCCAAGGUCCCGCCAGGAAGAAGCGGGCCUACGUGGAGAUCGAAUACGAGCAGGAGACAGAGCCUGUCGCCAAGAGCAAGGCCACAUAGACUGCCUCUACACAUCAUGUGCUGUAAGCCCAGUACUCUGCCAAAUGACUCUUAACGCGAUUGGCUGUUCCAGUGGAAUCAGUCAGCGCCAAUCAGUAUCAUGACCCUAGGAUUGCCUGUUCCAGAGCGUUUGUAUUAACAGGAAAGGAUUCCUCAGACUGGUCAGUGGACGUAAAUUAAAUGUGUUGCAGUAGACGUCAGUCAGAAUUAAGUGCCCUGCAGUCCUGAAGAAUGUCACCAGUGCAAAAAAAAGAAAACCCUAGCCAUACCAGUGGUCAUCAGAACGGCUGUACAUGAAGAGUGUGCACGUAUUAUUGGCCUUAAAUAUUUAUAUUUUUUAUUUUUAAACACUACCCUGUUGUCUGAAAUCCUUCAUGCAUCCAGAAUAUGCCCGAGGACCUUAUUGUGAGUGACUUAAGUCAGAUCAUUAGAACCACUGUGUUCAUAUGUUGACAUUCUGAAAAUCUCUGGAAUUAAAGCCAGAUUAUGUCCAAUGGAAAAAACAGUGAAAUUACACAUUUCAAGAUGGCGCUUUAUACCAGCAAGAUAAAAUGUUUUACAACCA